GCAGCAGCAGAGUGAUUCGGCUUCAGCUAGUGUGCUUCUGUUCCUCUGUGCCGGCGGUCGUCAGUUUUUAAUCUGGGGGGGAAACAAAACACAAAAAAACAAACAAAACACGGUGUCGGUUUGCAGAAUAAACCACAGGAGGUGAGAGAGGGGGGUUUAAAAAAAAAAAAAAAAAAAAAAAAAGGCAAGCGUCGCCAUCUUCUUGUUAAAAACGAAUCAGUAUUUAUUAGAGAAAAAUAUAGAAAGAAAGUCACGUUUUCAAGAUGGCAGACGCCGAACAAGUUUCCUCCACAACUCCAAACGAAGUGGAAGAAGACGAGAUGAAGCGUUGGAGUGAGUCAGGUUUCAGGGAGGCCACAGCUCAGAAAGUGCUUCAGGAUGGAAAUGUAGGUUUGUUUGGUGGAGAAUGGGAUGUUAAAGAUGUCAGACAAGUGCAGAAAGCGGCUCAUUUGGAGGAAGAAGAAGAAGAAGAAGUAGUCAUGAGCAGACAGGAGGAGAUGGAUCUGCUGCACACAACCGAGAACAAAGCCGAGACGGAAUGUCUGGAGAAAUCUGUUGAUUUGAUUUCUAAACCCGUGGAGUGUGAAAGCCCUGAGGAACCGGACAGCACUCAGAUGAAAGAGGAUGAGAUUACAGCAGGAGAGGAAGAAGACACAGACACAGAAGAAUCCUUAAAACUGGUGGAUCUGAAAGAGGUGGAGGAGGUAGCGAUUACUGCAGCGUUUCCACCACCUGUACAAGCGUUCACGCGAGUGAUUCAAGACCAAGACCCUGUGGUUUCAUCUGCUACAGAGCUCCAGGAGGCUUUCAGAUCACAGGAGAUCCUGAUGAGCACGAAGCCUCAGGAGGAGAUCUUUUUCAAAUCCGAGCUUGAAGCACAAGAUCAGGACUUUUCUGGCGUUAGUGCAGGUGUAAAAGUGGAAGCCUUUUCAGCUCCUGCUGAGCCCGAGAAAGCUGUAAGUUCAGUCGUGGAGCAGGAAAAGGAGCCAGAGAGGAGGAAUCUGGUGGAGGAAAGCUUCAGAGUCGACUCCGAGUCGACUCCCGCAGCCUCUGCGUCUCCAUCAGCCUAUGAACCCAGUCUUCCUUCCUCUGCUGCUCCUGCUACUUCUUUUCCGACUCUGAUGCAGUUUACUUCAGAAUACGAGGAUUCUUCGUUAAUCGCUAGCACACAGCCCAGCUUCAAAGCGACCAUGGAUUCGUUCUGCAACGAUUCACCUUCUAGAAGCACGCCCAGAAACGAUCCAGACGUGUUAAGCCAGUCCGAUGAUGACUUGAUGUUUGAAACGAAAAGGAACCCUUUUCAAGACUUCUCGCCUGUCGAGAAACCCGCCGGCGAGUUCUCGCCUUUUGGAGAAACCGCAGCGGACGUCAGAGCAGCGAAGAUGUCCGAUAGUCCAUCUCCAGAUCUGGUUCAGAACGCCCAUGAGGGAGAGCUGCAAGGCAGUUCGCCCAUGCAGGACUACGAGCAGUCUUUCGAUUCCAGAGAAGCGGCCACAGAGUCUCUGAGGCAACAGCUUGCUUCGUCUGACUUUUUUGGAACCGCUCCUAAAGAUAAUGAGGAAUCCGGUUUGCCACCAUCUCUCCCAGAUAUUUUGAAGUCUUCGCCACGCAACCACGAUAAAGUAGACUCGGGAUCUUCAGAGGGAAGUCCUGAUUUCAGUCCAGUCCAUAGGAGUGGUAAUGAUUCACCAAAUGCCCUUUUCUCACUGUUGGCAAACAAUUCGUUUGCUUUCGAAGCCAAGGUUCCUUUGGUUAAGGAGAUGACCGAGGAGACUGAGGCAAAGGCUGCAGAAAGGGUGAGGAUUGAUGAAGAAGAAGAAGAAGAAGAGGAAGAAGAAGAAAAGGCUUCAGAGCAAAUGUUCGGCACGUUUGAUCUCGUCAAGGAGGCUGAAAUUUCUCCGAAAGCCACCGAAACCAUCGUUGAAGACCAAGACGAUUUUAAAACUUUGAGCCAAGAUUCUGCUCAGAUGGUCGACAAGUUCGAAUGUCUCAGCUUCCCAACUGGAAAGGCCCAAGAACACUCUGACUCCGAGAGCCCAUCAGCAGAUUCGCUCUCUCCCGUCUUGGAGGCCAUGGCAAAGAACCCAGCAAGUUUCCAGAUCGAACUCGAGAAGAACGCUCUGCAAGAGGAAGCGGAGGCGGAGGACGAGGUUUCCGAGCAAGAGGUCUCGUCCGAAGAGUUCGAGUUUGUCGAGAAGCCACCUCGAGGCGCCGUCGACGAGUUUUUGGAGACGCUCGAAAACUCGAAGUUUGCCAAGGCGUCAGAAAUGGCCGACGACGACGACGACGAGGACACGGCUAAAUUUGAAGAGCAGAUGGAAGAGGCGAGCCCGCCUGCACAAGAAACAAAGAGUCAGAGUUACUUUCUGCUCACCGACACGGCAAACGAGACCUCUCCGGCGAGAGGUAAGGCAGGCCUAGAGUUGUCCGAUUUCCAAGUGCCCUCCCAGGCUCCUUCGCCACCUAGUCCUGUGGUCAAAACCGAGACGGUGGCUGUGAAGAAAGCGGAACCUAAAGACCUCAAGCUGCCUAACCUGAAUGCAGGAGCAGUGGUGGAGCUGCUGUACUGGCGCGACGUGAAGAACUCGGGCAUCGUGUUCGGAGCGAGCCUCCUGCUCCUGCUGUCGCUCAGCGUGUGCAGCAUCAUCAGCGUGCUGUCCUACGUGGCCCUGGCGCUCCUCUCCGUCACCAUCAGCUUCAGGAUAUACAAGGGCGUUCUGCAGGCCAUCCAGAAGAGCGACGAAGGCCACCCGUUUAAGCUGUAUCUGGAGAAGGACGUGUCUCUGCCCGACGAGGUGGUCCGCAAAUAUAGCGACAUCGCCCUCGGCCGCAUCAACACCGCCAUCAACGAGCUGCGCCACCUCUUCCUGGUCGAAGACCUGGUCGAUUCCCUGAAGUUUGCUGUGCUCAUGUGGAUCCUGACGUACGUCGGUGCCUUGUUCAACGGACUCACUCUUCUCAUCCUGGGCUUGGUUGCUUUAUUCACCUGCCCUAUCGUGUAUGAAAAACAUCAGGCACAGAUCGACCACUACAUCGCCUUGGUGAGGAACCAGGUCAAGGAUAUUGUCGGAAAGAUCCAGGCUAAAAUCCCGGGCGCAAAGAAGAAGGCGGAGUGAAAGGCGUCGAUUUCGGAGGAUCGUGGGUUUUCUCUUAUUUUCACACAUCUCUCCACUACACAAGCCGUCACACCCAGUGGAAAUCCUGCUCGUUCUUCUUUCUGCCCUUUUUUUUUUUUGUUUGUUUGUUUUUUUUGUUCCUCUCUUCAUAACCAGUCGCUACGAUGAAGUUGUAAACCGUUUUCGAGCCACUACGUAUUUAUCUUGACACACUGACUGGUAUGAUAAGACAAGACUUGUGUUUCCUGACGGAGCGUUUAUAGUAUUUCAUUAACUGGGUUUGUCAUCGUCGUAUAUGUCCGUAUGCGUUUCAGAAAUAAUUCAGUUCAUUCACGUCGUUUUUGUUUUUUAAAUGAGGUAGACUUUAACGGUACCGUUUUUUUUUUUGACCCAGAAACCUUAUGUCCUUUUCUUUCUUUUUUUUUUUUUUUUUUUGGUUAUGAUUUAGUGUUCCUGUAAUUGUAAAGUUUUAUUGAUGAACUGUGUUCGAAACCUUUCACAAAAAGCUUCUCGCUCUCUUCAAGUGGCUCUUGUGUUGUAACUAGCAAAAGAGUUGCUCCAUAAGCACUUCAUGCUUCUGAGUAUUUCUAGGCGAAUUAGACUCGAUAAGAGCAUACACAUAUUAUCCAGACGCUCAUUUCACCUCGUCGCAGCUUGUUUAGUGAAAUCUCUGGAACGGAAACGAACGAAAAACGUUUACAAGACAUUUGAUUUAGAGAAAUAUUUAAAAAAAAAAAAAAAAAAAAAAAAAAGAAAGAAAAGAAAAGAGAAAAAAAAAAGUUGUUUAUUUGUGGACCCAAUACUUAAAGCUGCAACGUUAUGUAACAUGACUUAACACAUUGUUUGUUAUGCAAGUAAUUGUGAAUGAUACUUCCUUCAUACGGUCGUGGUGAACAUCUGUGGAAUGCAUUGUGAAAUGUUAAACAAGCACCAAUAAAGCUUCUAGACGAA